GGCAACUGCCACUCUGUUCCUCUCUCUCUCUCUUUCUCUCUUUCUCUCUCAGGCAUGGAGUCCCUGAAACCCUAUGGGCCCACCAACCCUCUUCUCUCGCUCUCCACCUUCAUCCACCAGAACUGCCUCCGGCUUGGCGCCGAGCUCGCGAGCCGGCUCGACGACACCAAGCGGUUUGCCGGAACACUAGCCAGCAACUGGUCGACGGCACCCAUCCUGCGUCACCGUCCGCCGUUUGCCUCUGUUUCCCAGCCAAAGCAGGCCGCGCCAGCCAGCUUGAGCUCCGACCAUGUGGCCAAAACCCUAGCCGGCACGGCGGUGUACACCGUCAGCAACUCGAAUAAUGAGUUCGUGCUCAUCUCCGAUCCCAAUGCAGCCAAGUCGAUCGGAUUGCUUUGCUUUCGCCAGGAGGACGCUGAGGCCUUCCUUGCUCAGGUUAGAACGCGGAGAAGAGAGCUACGAAGUGAGGCUAAGGUUGUUCCCAUUACUCUUGACCAGGUAUAUAUGUUGAAGGUCGAAGGAAUUGCAUUCCGCUUUUUGCCUGACCCAGUUCAAAUAAAGAACGCAUUGGAGCUUAAAGCUGCUGAUUCCAGGAGCGGGUUUGAUGGAGUUCCCGUUUUUCAGUCAGACCUUCUGGUUGUGAAGAAGAAAAACAAGCGUUACUGCCCAGUAUAUUUUACAAAGGAGGAUAUAGAAAAAGAACUGUCAAAAGUCUCCAGGGCAGCAAGAGGACCGGCGUUCUCUCAACAUAUUAUGGUUGGUAGCUUGGAAGCUGUUUUGAGAAAAAUGGAGAUGAGUGAGAAUAACUCAGGCUGGGAAGAUCUGAUUUUUAUUCCUCCUGGCAAAAGCCACUCUCAACACAUCCAAGAAGUGCUUAAGUCGUGAUGCAUGUGACGUGAGUUCAACUGACCAUUUGAAUGGAUCUGGAAGCUGUGAGCACAUUGCAUGUUUUCAGGUUCAUAAUAAAGCAGGAAGUUAAAGCUUCGGAGUGGGUGGGUAUCCAUUUGAAAAAUAUGAGGGAGCGGAGCAGCUAACAUGAGAUCCAGUGAAGGAGGUCAGGGAAAUCACAAUGUUGAUACAGUUCUAUUUAUACUGAUACAAAUGUGCUCCAUAUGUUUUAGAGCAUUUAUGAGCUUGGAUGGCUGUCGAAUUUAUAACUACUGUGUUGCUCGGUGACCCUUUUUGUCAAUUCAAGACCUUGAGCGAGAGGGAUAGAGAUUCUCAACAA